GAAACCUUUGUUUUUGAACAUGAGGCACAAUCUGCUAUUGACUCGGAUACAAAUUUGGAAAGAGUUGAAGCUUUGGCAACCACCAUUGUUAAUGGUAGGAAUGCUAAGGUUCCUAAGCCAGCUGACAGUGCUGAAGACAAAGCAGUGAUGAUGGUAGAGAUUGAACAAAUCUGUGUUGGUGAGGAUGCUUUGGAGAACAACCAAACUCCAACUAACACCGACCCUAAUUCCGAGAUUGAACAAAGCUGUGAGGCACACAAACUGUCUCCCAAGACAGAUUUGGAAGGCACACAGUACGAAGAGGAAUUCCCUCCCCUCUCUAAAGAGUCCUUAACUGCAACCACGGAUGAUUUUCCAUCCCAAAAAUUUAACAGUGAUGCACACACUCUUUCCUUCGAGAAAGAGAUGGAUGGAACACUAUCCCCUACUAUCAUUGGAGAUGAUGAAACUAUUUCUGAUCCUUCUCUUAGAAAAAAAAUUUUCCCACCAGUAACUAACAUUGCAGGUAAUGACCAAACUACUACUGGCCCUAUUCUUCACUCUUUUGAGGUGGAUGGACAGCACUAUGAAAUCAGGUCCUAUGAAGAAGCGGAGACAAGCAACCUAAGGGAGGAACCUAACGACUUCCAAGAUGUCCAGAACAAACUCAACAAAAAAGCCGGGAAGAGGGGAACUGCACCAAGGACGAUUAAAACUAGAAGCUACGAUCCAAAUCUUGAAGUUGGAACAGUAAGCGAGAUCACUAGAUACUGGCCCAGCCGCAAAUCAACCACAAUGGAGAAAAUCGUCACUACCAAAAGUUAUUCUGGGCCCUUUUGGUAUGUUGGACCUGUCGGCCCAAUUGGGGCAGAUGGGAAAAGGCCAAAGAAAAUAAUGCCCAGAAACCUUGCCUUGGAUCAACACCCGGGGAGGAGUCAGGUGGUUUCUCAUCUUGCUUUUGCAGAUGAUCUCAUAGUAUUCCUCAAGGGUGACCUCAGGAAUAUUUUGAGAUUUAAACACAUCCUCCUUAACUACCUUAGAGCUUCUAGGCAGGAAAUCAAUAACAAUAAAAGCAAGGUCUUCUGUAAGAAAAGCUGUCAUUGGACUUAUAAGAACAAAUUGGAGAAAGCUCUUGGUUUUAUGGUUGGAAGCCCCCCUUUUAAAUAUCUAGGCUCUACUAUUACCUCUGGCAAGCUUAAGAGAAUUCACUGUGAACACAUCCUAAAUCACUUUGAUGCCUAUCUUAACAGUUGGUACAGUAAAGAGCUCAACCCUAUGAGCAGAUUAAUUCUCAUCAAACAUGUGCUCAGUGUUAUUCCUUUACAUACCCUAGCUGUGCAAGAUCUCCCCAAAUCUAUCAUUAAUAUUAUCCAGGGCAAACUUGCCAAUUUCUUUUGGGGUACUAAAUUGGGAAAGAGUAAACAUCACUGGGCCAAAUGGACUGCUCUCUGCAAGCCUACAGGGGAAGGAGGACUGGGGCUGAGAAGCUUGGAGGACUUACAGAAGGCUUGUGCUUUGAAGUUAUGGUGGAAGGUGAUUAAUGCCAAUUCUUUAUGGUCUAACUUUGUGAAGGAUAAAUACUACAUGGAUGGAUUAUUUGAGACCAAAUUGUAUGACUCCGCCUCCUGGAAAAGAAUCUGUAGAAUUUCAACAAUUGGCCUGCAAAACACAUACAUGACCAGUUCCACUCCCAAGUGGAUUAAUGGGGCAUAUUGGGCUGUAAGGGAUAGAGAUAUCAGUACUCGAAUGAACACUCUUAUCUGGAACAAAUUCCAAAUCCCCAAGAUCAAGCUGUUUACCUGGAAAGCUAUUCAUCAUUUCCUUCCCUUUCCUAAUAUUCUAAGGAAACUAUCUUAUAAUCUGCCUAGCAAAUGCCCCUUUUGCGCAAAAGAGGAAGUGACUGAUCAACACAUCCUACUUACUUGUAUCCUUUCUCAACAAAUUUGGAAGGCUUUUGCAGAUUAUGUAGGGGAGCCUAACUGGUCUCAGGGCACAGACCUAAGCAACUAUAUGCUUCAAUGGUGGGAGAAUUACAACAAAUACACUAUUAGAGGUCUACUCAAACUCAUCUUACCUGGAUGCAUCAUAUGGAAUCUCUGGAAGGCUUAUAACCGAAGCAUUUAUGAAGAACGCAACAUCACAAAUAUGGGAAUUAUCAUAGAGAUUCAAAAAUUAGUGCAGCACUGGUACUGGUCAAAUAAAAAGGUGCAGAAGAUAGCCACAGACGAGGAUAUUCAAGCUCUAAAUCUCAAACCUUACCUCUCUAGAUGAUCACGCCGGCUUCCCAAUGAAGAAGCAGACUGAUU